AUGAAGCUAAGGCUUGACCAUGAGAAUUACUCGGGUUCUUUUGCCCCAACUUGCGACUUUCCUUUUGAGCCACCAAGCCUAUUGCGCAGCUCUGUACGUCGUCAGAAAUCCGUUUCUGAAAAACGUCGGCAUCAACUGCUCCAGAAACGGAACGCCUUGUCCACAGGUCUAUCGCCCCAUCCUGCUCCCGCAAUCUCUAGCACAUCACCAAGCGAAAGCAGUGACGUCGACGAACAAACUGGUGUAGAUUACAGUUAG